AUGUCGAUAUUUUUCGAUUUCGAUGUUGGUGGCAGGGGUAGAAGGUUUAGAAGAGCUGUGGAUCACGACAGACACGAUAUAGACUUGUUUUGGAAUCGUAAUGAAACUGAGGAUUUGUUUGGAACUCGGGAAAUAGGCAGUUUAAUUGAGCUUAGCACUUUAUCCAUUUGUAUGAUAAAUGAAAAGAAAGAAGUUGUUGGAUUUAUGUCAUUGUGUGACCAUCCGAAUAUACCAGGAGUUGAUCCGUCUGGGUGGGAAGUUUGGAUUAGGAAUAUGUUUCAAAAAUACUAUCUAUCUCGUCAAACGCUAUUCAUUCAUUUCUUCUGUUGCAAGGACCAAGUAAAGGAUUAUUUUGUAGAAGAAGCGUUAGCAUCCGUCUUCCUCAACGACCCUUACCUAUCACAGGUUGUUCUUGUCGUUUCACCAAAUGUAUCUGAUGAUUAUUUUAGUUCAUAUCAAACUUUUAAGAAGCGCAAUUUCUAUAAGCACUACUCUAAAAGGGAGGAAGACAUUGAUAAAAAGGGCUACUGUUUAUAUGUUGCAAGCAGACAGGAAUUUUGCGUUAAAUUUAAAUUACGAAGCGCCGUUGAAGAAGAUAAUGAUGACAUCGUUGAGAUUUUAGACAACAAAUGUCCGAGACUAAAGGAAUUGUACGGUGAAUAUUACAUUAGUGAGAUUGUUGGUGGACGCCCAGAGAGUAAAAGAAAAAUAAUUGUUGCCGAUACGAAGUCACCGGAAAACACAGUCAUUAACAAUGCGAAAUACAGACGAACUAGUAAAGUUGAUUUCAUUAGUGAGAUUUCUAUGAGACAAAAUGUUUUGUUUGACAAUGACAAUGAGUAUUAUGAAGAUCAAACAAGCCACAUCGCGGUUGAUUUACGCGAAUCAUCUCAUGAAAUUGAGCGUUGCGAUAUAAAUUAUUUACUGGACGAAGAUCCAUUCGAUUAUGACAUUGUUAAUAUCGAUCAAACGCUUUUAAAUAUACCAGAGGUUUUAUCUUAUGAACUACUGCCAAGAUCAACAGAAAUCAGAACAAAAUCGAGAUUGAUGUCAAUGUGCACUCAAAAAUAUCGAAGAAGGAACUCAAUGCUGAACGUUAACAAAGUAAAGAUAUCGGAGAACAUAGAGUAUGAGGGUACACCAAACGCUAUGAUGAUAGAGUUAUUUGGAUUGCGAGAAGAUUUGGACAACAGACAUGCAUUUGAUUUACUCAAAGCAGCGUUUGAAAUUAUGAUAGAAUAUGAUUACUGCAUAAUACGAGUACCGACUGCAGAAAAGAGUUUCCCGCUGCUACAACAUUUUAUUGUAAGUUCUUUCGAUUCCAAUUGGAUAUAA